AAAGAAAGCAUCAGUAUUUUUUAAACGGCUACAGUUUUUGUAAUAGGCCUUGUGUGUGCGUGAGCCAGUUCAUCGAAGGGACCCGUAUGUGACGGUUUGGACUCUAGCUGUCGUGCCUGUGUUACAUGCCCGUGCUUCACACUGAAUGACAGAGAGAGAGGGAGAGAGUGAGAAAGAGAGAGAGAGAGAAGAGAGGCUCACAGGGAAGCUCUACGGGGCAACAGAUCUGGUUUGCUCGGCUGAAAGACCAAACAAGACAUGGAUUUUUGCACAACGUGAGAGAGGAGCAGCUGCCUCACAUUAAUAAACAAAAGUCAGGAUGUCAGGGAUCGACGUUCCGUUGAUGGACCAAAAUGAGACUGGAAUCUCUUCAGUAGACAAUGGGACUUUCCUCCGUUUCUCCCCAACCUCUGCCUCCACAUCGGCGGCCGCCUCAUCUCCGGGACGUCCAGGGAACGUUUAUGUUUACGUCUGGCUCUUUCUCGGCCUGCUGGUGUUCCUGCUGACAUUGCUAGUCAUCUCCCUGCACAGGCUCAAGAACAUCAUCUCAUCUUCUUCCUCUGUCCCCGACUGCAGCAGCGAGGGAGGAAGCUCCUUCACCAACAUGGAGAUAUGUAGCAUCUCAUCUCAGAGGUCCACUAUCUCUGCACUCUCCACCUGAGGCAUAUGGGAAGGAGCACAUACAGUAGAGAUGCAUACGUAUAUGUGCUCUCAUUUGUGCAUGCUUGUGCAAAGCCAAGCAUGCACACACAUAAAAAGCACACAGAGGUCCAGCACCUCCUCACUGUGACAUACAAACAUAAAAACCUUUUGUCAGCCCCAAAGAAGCUGACAUAAUGGCAUUACACUCCAUGCAUGCAUAUUCUAAUCCCAAUGAUCCAAUAAUUGUGGUGGGUCCAUGCAAUUUGCAUAGGCACAGGGGAAAUAUCGCUCAUAAUGUGAUGAGGAGGUCUUAAGGGGUGAGUGUGACUGCACCCUUCCACAAUUAAGACAAAUGAAUCUGAGAACCUGCUUUCCCUUUACAGGGACAAGCAUAAUGAGGGACUAUUAUCUCUUCUCUUUUUUUGUCAUUUCUCAUAUUGCACUUGUGUUCAUCUUAGAAAAAAAA